AUGGUAAAGGAAGAAGCAAAAUAUGUGAAUAAAUUUGUAUUACCAAAAUUUCAAAAGACUUCCAUUUAUGAAGGAAAACAUGUUCAUGAAGCUAAGAAAGUGCACGAAUGUGAUGACACCUGCCCGAACGAUUUAUUCGAACAUAUUAAAGAAAAUUCAAAAACUGUUCACGGAAAUAUGGUCUUGACAACAUUUACUUGCGAUGAAGAAGAAUUCGAAUUUGAGGGUCAUCAAUUGACUGCCGGAGAUAGAGGCGAUUUUGUGCUUUGUCAUAAAGUCGACAUCGUCAUAUCGAUUAUUGCAAAGAUCCAGAUGCUUGUACCUCAGGUGGAAAAAAAAGGAGGAGUGGAACACAUAAAGGCUAAUAUAAGCCCUGAUCCGAGUCGUGAGAAAGAUUAUAUUUCUCAUCGUGUUUUCUGGGAGAGAACUAAAUUUCGAGAUCCAUAUUCGAGAGAAGACCGCGAAGAUUUCAAAAAAUGUGAUCAUGAAUGCAUCGAUGAAAAACAUCAUAAAGAAUUAUUUCAUAUUGGAUUAAAUCCAAGCUCAAAUCCCCCAGGAAAUGUUGGAUAUAUUUCAACAGAUGGUCAUCACUUUACUUGCGAAAACCCUACGUCUAACGUUGGCGAUUUUCAUAUUGUAUUCGUAGUUGAUAGAAGUGGCUCUAUGAGCAUCCGUGAUUGCCGACCUCGUGGUGAUAAAACACAAACCGCUCGUUUAUUACUUAGUCAUAAUAAUCGACUAGCUAUAGAUCGUGAUAUAACUUCGCUGAUUUUAUUUGAUUAUGUGGCAAUUGUAGUUUUUGAAAAUCAAAGCUUAACUGAUUCAGACGAGCUUUUAAACAAGAUGAAAAAUUUCACGCCGCAGGGUGAUAAUUAUUAUCAUGAAGGAAUAAAAAAAGCAGACGAAAUAAUUCAAAAAACCAACAUAAUUAUCUUUUUUUCUGAUGAAGAAUAUCAUCCACCGGAACCUGAACUUCGAAGUCUUUGUCAAAAAGAGGCUGAUAAAGGGACUCUUUAUAUUUGUAUACAAUUAUGUUCACCGGUAGUUUUACUCAUACUUCUUAUGGCCAAUCGCUUCAAAAAAUGGCGGAUGUCGCAACAGGAUAUCUACCUCGAUCUACUAGCUGAGAUGCCUUAA